AUGUCGGCCGCAGAGGCAAGUGGCUUGCUAAGCAGGUUGGCGUUAUCAUUUGGCGUUAAUGAAGCUGCCCUACGUUUACUGCUUUCUAUUUUUGCUGGUUAUGGUGUUGCAUAUUUAUAUCAUAAGUUUAUCAUCCAACAAAGCGAUAAGCGAGUGCAUCAUGCUUACUUCGCUGCGAGCGGCUUUCUACUAUGUCUCUUUAAUUUUGGCUUUAGCGCCUAUCACUCAUUUACAGCAAUUGCGACAACAUAUUUACUUACACGAUUUCUACGUUCAGCGCCAAUGCCAUUGAAAAUAAUAAAUUUCACUUUUCACAUGACAUACCUACUGGUUGGCUAUUACUAUACGGAGAGUGAUGAAUAUGAUAUAUUAUGGACUAUGCCGCAUUGUGUAUUGGUAUUACGUUUAAUCGGUUACGGUUUCGAUGUGACAGAUGGUCUUAAGAAACAAGAAGAGCUGUCGAAAGAACAAAAAGAAUGUGCAAUAGCAGAGCUACCCACAGCCAUAGAAUUAUUUGCAUUCGCUUAUUUCCCAGGUUCAUUUUUAAUUGGACCACAAUUUCCAUAUCGUCGUUAUAAACGUUUUAUUGAUGGUGAAUUCGGUGAGCAUGGCGGACGCUUGGAAGCGAGUCUUAAGCGUAUGGCAAUCGGUGUUGUGUACUUAACAAUUAGUCAAGUGGGUGCUAUAUAUUUUCCGGACUCCUAUUUCGUAUCGGAUGACUAUCCGAAAGCAUCAUUCUUUUGGCGAUUGGUCUACAUGGGAGUGUGGGCAAAGGUAAUAAUAUACAAAUACGUCGCCUGCUGGCUACUAACAGAGGGCGCACUUAUAAAUCUAGGCAUUUCAUAUGCUGGCAAAAAGGAGAAUGGCGAAAAUGAUUGGUCUGGUUGUUCUAAUGUUAAUCUAAUGAUUUUGGAAACGGAAUGCACAAUGCAACAUUAUGUGCAUUCAUUUAAUAUUAAUACGAAUCAUUGGCUUGGCCAGUAUGUGUAUAAGCGUCUUAAAUUCCUUAACAACCGCACAAUUAGUUACGCUGCCGCUUUGGGCUUCUUAGCUGUGUGGCAUGGUUUCCAUAGCGGUUAUUAUAUGGCUUUUUUGAAUGAAUAUAUGACUGUAACGGUGGAGAAACAAUUUGCCAGCGUUUGGGCUAAAACUAAUAUCGAUAUGUAUGCCGAUAUAGUUAGUCCACCAUUCGUUUAUCCAGUACUCAAGUAUUUCAUGAAGAAACUCUACGAUCUAUUCUUUAUUGGCUGGUGUAUGACACCAUUUAUAUUGCUAGAUUAUUCACGUUGGAUGAAAGCUUAUAGUGCAAUCUAUUAUUGCGUCAUUGUUUAUGUGAUUCUUUGGACAAUUUUCUAUCAAACAUUUAAAUACUAUGAACGUGCAGCAAAACGACGUCAACACGACUCAACAUUUGGACGUGCAACGACGCUUUCACCAACUGUGGAUGGUAAAAGUGAUGAGAAAAGGGAUUAGUAAAAAAUACUUACAACUUUAGGUUGGAAAACGGUAGAACAAGCUAUAAAUCAAUUUAUAAGAUCAACUCAAGCAAAAAAAAUAAAAUAAAAAAUACAUAAAUAAAAUCAUGUUAAGUAUGUAUAAACUAAAAACAAACUGCGCCUAAAGAUGUAGGAAGACUAAUGUAAGAACUGUGUAAAGUAAAAAAAAGGCUGUUGACAAAAGUGAAAACAACAAAAGACAUAUUCUUAGCAAAAGUCUAUAAUUUACAGAAGCUUGUCUUAAACUUAAUAUAUUAGAGAAAAAGCCGAUAGCUCCAAUUUAAGUGAGUCGGGAACUUUUUGUAAUUUCCAGCAAUAAAGCCUUCUAGUCAGUAAAUAAUUUUAAUUUAUAACACACACACACACAUUGCAUUAGUUUGUUUCCUGCGAAACUCACGCACGCUCAAUUAUGAAUGUAUGUAAUGCUUUUUUUUCAAUUGAUCACAUAAAAACAUAUAUUCGAAAGUAUUUUUUUUUUUCAAUCGAAUUAAUUUUAAUUGGAAUAUGCAAUAUUUUUUGCAACUGUAACAAUUAUUUUAUAAGCGUUAAUGCUGAGGCAUAGUAGAAAUUUAAUAGUAUUUAAAAGCGUUGACGGCAAUAAUUAAAAAUAAUUAUAUAAGCUCUGUAUCUACGUGAAUAAUAUUUUCAAAUGUUAGAUGUUUACAAACAAAACAAAAAAAAAGCUUUCACUUCAAAUAGCGUACAAAAUUCUGUCAAAAUUAAAGUUCUAUCCACAAUGCA